CGGUGACUCAUCACUAAUUCGAAAAAUCGCAAAUAAACAGUUUACUGACAAGGGUAAGAAUUAAGUUGAUAAUUAUUUAUUAAUAUUAUGGAAGAAAUCGGUAUUACAAUCAUUGAAAAGGACGAUGUCAUUGGAGAUCAGCGUACAUCAGGACAUAUUACUGCACCAUCCCCUGAUGACUUUGAUGUUGAUGAUUUGUACACUAAAUACAAGAAGUUACAAAGACAGUUAGAGUUUCUAGAAGUGCAGGAAGAAUAUAUUAAAGAUGAACAAAAGAAUUUGAAAAAAGAAUAUCUUCAUGCUCAGGAGGAAGUGAAAAGAAUUCAAAGUGUUCCCUUGGUUAUUGGACAGUUUCUUGAAGCAGUUGACCCUAAUACAGGAAUUGUUGGAUCAACUACUGGUUCCAAUUACUAUGUCCGUAUACUAUCUACAAUUGAUAGGGAAUUGCUGAAACCUAGCUCCAGUGUUGCCUUACAUAAACAUAGUAAUGCCUUAGUUGAUGUUCUUCCACCUGAAGCUGACAGCAGUAUAUCAAUGUUAAGAGCAGAUGAAAAGCCAGAUGUUAAAUAUGCUGAUAUUGGAGGAUUAGACAUUCAGAAACAAGAAAUAAGAGAAGCCGUUGAGUUGCCUCUAACUCAUUUUGAAUUAUAUAAACAAAUUGGAAUUGAUCCACCUCGUGGUGUGUUGAUGUAUGGACCACCAGGAUGUGGAAAGACCAUGUUAGCUAAAGCUGUAGCUCACCACACUACUGCUGCUUUUAUCAGAGUCGUUGGAUCUGAGUUUGUACAGAAAUAUCUUGGUGAAGGUCCUCGAAUGGUGAGGGAUGUCUUCCGACUUGCUAGAGAAAAUGCACCCGCUAUAAUAUUUAUUGAUGAAAUUGAUGCUAUUGCUACCAAGCGUUUUGAUGCUCAAACUGGAGCUGAUAGAGAGGUUCAGCGUAUUCUUUUGGAGCUCUUAAAUCAAAUGGAUGGCUUCGAUCAAACUACAAAUGUGAAGGUAAUAAUGGCAACUAACAGAGCUGAUACUUUGGAUCCUGCUUUGCUACGGCCUGGUCGUUUGGAUCGUAAAAUUGAAUUUCCACUACCCGAUCGACGUCAGAAACGAUUAAUUUUCUCAACAAUCACUACUAGUAUGAAUUUGAGUGAUGAAGUUGAUUUGGAAGAUUAUGUAGCUCGUCCUGAUAGAAUAUCUGGUGCUGACAUAAAUGCAAUUUGCCAGGAGGCUGGAAUGCACGCUGUCAGGGAAAACAGAUAUGUUGUUCUUGCGAAAGACUUUGAAAAAGGCUAUAAAAAUAAUAUUAAGAAAGAUGAAUCAGAACAUGAGUUUUAUAAAUAAGCAUUUUAAGAACAUUUGUGUAUUUUCAUUCUACUUCUAGUUGUGUUAUGACUAAAAAUAAAAUUUUUAUUAAAAGAA